CAAGUACUGACGGAGCUAGAAUCUACUUCAGAAGACUUUAGACUCUUACUGUGGGAAGCUGAUAUAGCGGACAUCGGAUCUUUGGAGAAACUAUUCCAGAAACCAUCCCUCCGCAUUCACAAGUUACCAAGCUUUGUUGAUCAAAUACUAGAGAAAACUCCCCUGACGCAUUGCGACAGAAAAGCAUUGCAGAACACCCAGCAAAAGGUCCAAGAACUACUCACAAAUAUUAAAAAGUACUCCACCAGACGAACCCCGGCCUCGAAAGAAAGGAGAGCACCACCUGCAAAGCCUAAACGUAAAAUGAAGAAGUCAAAGACCUCACCAAAACGCUCUGACUUUGGAAAGACUUUCACCAAGAGUCCUAACAAACGGAAAAGUUUAAACCCAUUUGAUUCCAGCUCUUCUAGUUCCUCUGAGUACCAUGAAGUAGGACCUGGUGAAGUAGGACCUGUUGACGAUGAUAAAAGUGAAGAAAUGAAGCGUGAUUCUCUAGAAAGGGCGUUCCAAGUGAUUGAAAAAGCUGAGGAGGUAAACUGUGCAUCUCUCGAACGGGCCCUACAAGUCAUCGAAAAAGGUGAAGAAAUAAACUGUGAUUCUCUCGAACGGGCAUUUAAAGAUCUCGAAAAAUCAAUCGAAUGUAUGGAAGCCAGUUCUCAAGUCCCAAAAGUUGCGUUAGAUUCAUCAGAGGGUUCAGAAAAACGGACCACAAACCUGUCAGUAGUUGAAGAGUACUCUCCAGGCAGCCCCGCUAACUCCAGCUUUGAGGGUUCCCUCAGACUCUCUCCCAGGAUGGCACGUGCAACUAUCCUCAGACCUCGCAGUGCUUCUCCUAGAACAAGGAGCUUCUCGUUUGGGAGGGAUGAGAGUGAGUGUGCAGAUCAGGAGUAUAAUAAUUUGUGGGAGAAGAGGUCAUCCUCACCGGGUAUUAUAGAAUACCUUUCCGAUCGAUCUAAGGAUCAGUCACUGAGUAAGCUCCAUACAGUAGAAGGUGACAAUGAGAUCAGGAAUGAGAAAGAAACAACUGCAGAGCCGCACUCAGUAGAACACUCUCCUCAGAAUACCUCUCAGCCACAAACUCCACUUCCAGAGUCAGAAGACUUAACUCCUUGUAAAGCCAAGAAUGCUUCAGUAUCUUCCACGAUAGGGGACGAGUUUUUCUUUGAUGAACGAGAUUUUUACGAGAUUUCAGAUAUGGAGUCGGACACAUCCUUGGAUGAGUUUGAGCUCAGAUCGAAGGGGUCGGAAUUAGAAUUAUCAGAUCUAGAAUCAGAAAGGUAUUGGUCAACUCAGAAAUCUAAAAAUCCGCCAAAACCAGUAGACCAGAUAACGGAGGAGGAUAACAGUAAAACGCUGACAAGAGAUGAAGCAGACCCUGAGUCUUGACACAGCUGUGUCCUGUAAUCCAAUAAUAUGAUAUAAUAAUUAAUAAUAUGAUAUAAUCCUGACCCCUUAUGAUCCUCUAAUAUGGCCCAUAUUCUGUGAUUCUGCUCUGAGUGCUGAGUGCAGACCCCCUAAUCUGGCUAUAUAAGCUAAUAAGCUGCUCUAUAUAUCGUGCUACUUGAGCUACAUUUGGGUAUGUAUUGUGUAUUUUGUCAUGGUAAUGCGACGAGUGAGAUGAUUUAAGACGUGUCCCUUUGUCCGUUGACAGGUUGAGUAUAGUGGUAGCUGGGUCACGCAACAUUCAUUUUUACUUAAGGACACG